GUUGGUUUGGCGUUUUUAACAAUGUUUUUAAGUCGUGCUGAAAUUUUAAAACAAGGUAGAAAAGCAGAAAUACGAAAAUGUUUAGGUAAAAAAACACUAUCAACGAUAUUGACUCGAAAUUGGAUAAAUGAUCAUCUACAUCUGUGUCCUGAUGAAUUAGCCAAAUAUUUUCUUGAGUCUAAAAAGAAGGAUGAUCUCGCAGAUUGUCUUCUUCAAGGACUUGUAUAUUUAGAAUCACGUAGGUUUUCAAUAAUGGAAGCACAUAAAUGGCUUCAUGAUCAAGGAUGA